UUCCCCCGCCGGCGCCGCCCCUCAGCCGCCCGCUCCCGUCAGGCUCCGGGAGGGAUGGCGCUGGCGGGAACAUCGGGCGGCGAUUCCUUCCAGGAGAAGCUCACGCGGGUUACUUCAUGGCUAAGGAAAUUAUUUAACGAUGCGCCUAUUCCACAAUAUGAGGUGAAUGAAAGGACAGUGGAUAUUUUGCAUGAAAUUGUGGAGUGCAAUGAAGAGAGUGAUAAGGAUGCUAUGUUGGUGAUAGAGGACAUGAAGGACAGGACAAGCAAGUAUGAAGCAGAAGCUGAGUACUGGCACGAUAUUCUUCGAGAAACCCUGGGUUUUUUUGAAAACAGUCUGUUUGGAGAGGUCACCAGCGACCUGGUACGAAGUGCAAUGGGCCUCGAAGUGGAGAACACGUCUCUUACCAGCUUCUACAGUGUCUUAAAUGACAUGACCUUGGAACUGUAUAAAACAAAAUCAAAAAACGAUGAACUGGAACACAAAUUGAAGAUCCUCACAAAAAAACUAACUUCAGCACUGAUGGUGGAAAAGCAGUUAGAGAAGGAUAUUGAAAAAUUGGAGGCAUCUCAGAAAGCAGAACAGGCCAAAGCUGAGAUUCACUCCAAGAACUUGAAGUUUCUGGAAGAUAAAUCUAAGGAUAUGAAAAUAAGGAUCAGGGAUGCUGAGAAUGAGCUUGUUGCCAGGGGGUUGGACAAAUCCCUGACACAUGAGGCACUCAUGAAAUCAUCUGAGGAGCUGGCUGCACUGCAUAAAAAAAUGGAGCCAUUGAAGAUGGAACUGGCAUCCUAUCUUGAUUUACCUCCUAGCAUUCUUCUGGCACAAGUGAAGGUUGAAGAAGCGAAAAGAGAACUUAAAGUCCUGGAUGAAGAGCUCUCAAGGGAGAUUGAGGCUGUGCCUUUCGAGCUGUUGUAGCCCAGCAAACCCCAGCUCACCUGAAGGGGCCUACAUGGAACGUGAUUUUCCUUCUGUUGCCUACUGACUUGCACUAGCAAUGCACUUCAGAAUUCUUACGUGCAUCUUGGCAGUUUCCUGCUGUGCUCUUCUCUCUGUUGGCCUUGUGUUUGUAAACUUCACCUAUUUUUCAUUAAAUAGCAUUCAAACUUGC